AUGGCAGUCCCUCUUCUGAUUACCCUUCUCUUCAUUUCCUUUGCCUCCUCACCUUUAGCAAAGGCAGCACAAUAUAGCGUGCUAAGUUAUGGAGCAAAACCUGAUGGAAAAACUGACUCCACCAAGGCCUUCGCUGCUGCUUGGUCACAAGCAUGUGCCUCUACACAGCCAGCCACAAUUUCUGUUCCUAAAGGGAGUUUCUCUUUAGGUCAAUUGAGGUUUCAGGGUCCUUGCAGGAAUAAUGCUAUUUUGCUACGUAUAGAUGGCACCCUAGUCGCUCCAUCAAAAUAUGGGGUCAUUGGUAAUGCUAACAAUUGGCUAAUGUUUGAGCAAGUUAAUGGGGUUACUAUAUCUGGAGGGACUCUUGAUGGACAAGGUGCCGGACUGUGGUCAUGCAAGAAUUCUGGCAAGGAUUGCCCUAACGGCGCAACGUCACUUGAAUUUUCCAAUUCAAAAAACAUAGCAAUCACCGGAUUGGCAUCAUUAAAUAGCCAAUUGUUCCACAUUGUCAUCCUUGGCUGCCAAAAUGUCAAAGUGCAAGGAGUGAGAGUCUCUGCCGCCGGCAAUAGCCCUAACACAGAUGGUAUUCACGUUCAAUCAUCGACCGGAGUCACCAUCUUGAAUUCUAGGAUUGGAACCGGUGACGAUUGUGUAUCAAUUGGCCCUGGUACCUCCAAUUUGUGGAUUGAAAAUAUGGCAUGUGGGCCUGGCCAUGGAAUCAGGUAG